CGCACUGAAACUAGCUCUAAAUGACCGAACCGCGGAAAAAGAAAACGUAGUUUUUAGUGUUUCUCUGUUUUACUUAGUGCAAAACGUGACAAAAUAACGUCUUCUCGGUGCUCGAUGACAAUAAUAAUAACAUGACAUCUUACUCACAAGAGGCGUAUUAGAUUAUAAUAUUGUAAAAACAUAAUGUUUGGUUCGGGAUCGGGAGCUUUUUCUGGGGGAGCUGGCAACCCAUCUGGCUUUGGUCAGUCAGCGUUUGGUAAACCAGCAGGCCCAGCGGUCUUUGGGCAGACGAAUACGUCUUUGUUCAAUCAAACCACUCAGCCAAGUACAGGUCUUUUUGGAUCUACACCAGGGGCGCCUGCUUUUGGCCAAACACCGACAGCUCAACCGACUUUUGGAGGUUUUGGUUCUGGAGGUACAUCACUUUUUGGAACGCCAGCUGCAUCUACUGCACCGAGUGGUGGCUUAUUUGGUCAACAAAAUGCAUCAAUGGUGGGGAAUCCUGGUGGUGGAUUGUUUGGUUCAUCAAAUGCUAAUGCUUCAUUUGGUCAGGCAAAACCAGUUGCUACAGGGUUCUCUUUUGGAGGAACUACUACACAGCCAACUAGUAACAUUUUUGGAACGCCUCAAACAAGUACAACCGGAACAGGAAUAUUUGGAGCACCAUCGGCUGGUGCUUUUGGUGGUGCGACAGGAUUUGGUGCUCAAUCUGCUGGUGGUACUACAAUCAAAUUUAAUCCUGUAACUGGUACUGAUACAAUGGUCAAAAAUGGUGUUAAUCAAACAAUUAACACUAGACACCAAUCUGUUACUGUUAUGAAAGAGUAUGAAAAUAAAAUAUUUGAGGAACUUAGAUUUGAAGACUAUUGUGCUAAUCGAAAAGUUGGACAACAGGGUGCAGUAGGAGGUGGAUUAUUUGGGCCACCUAAUAAGACAUUAUUUGGUUCUACAGCUACUACUAGCACUGGAUUAUUCGGAUCUACUGAUAAUAAACCACUUUUUGGUGCAACAACAACUACUCCUGCUCUUGGAGCAUUUGGGAAUACUAACACAUCAGUUUUUGGUGCGCAAAAUAGUAUUUUUGGUAAACCUCAACAAACAACACCAGCUUUUGGUGCCCAAACAUCAACAUCAUCAUUUGGUAUGAAUGCUGCUCAACCAAGUAUUUUUGGAGCAAAUACAGCUCAAACAUCUAAGCCAUUCGGAGUGGCUGCUCCUCAAACAAACAUAUUUGGGACUACAGCUCCUACUACAUUCGGAGCAUCGACAGGAUUUGGUCAAACUGCAUUUGGAGCACAAUCCAAUCAGAACAAUUUAUUUAACCAAAACAAACCAGCCUUUGGCCUUGGAUCGAAUACUACCACUAGUUUUGGUUUUGGAACAAACACAUCAACUACUGGUGCUAGUCUUUUUGGUAAUAAGCCAGCUAAUACAGGUUUUCAAAUAACUACACCAGCGUUCGGUAAUGCAUUUGGGGCUACAUCAACUGCCCAACCAGCUACUGGCGGCUUGUUUGGUGCUAAUACAUUUAAUAAAGCACCAACUACAUCAUUGUUUAGUCAACCCAAUAAUGUCCAAACAGGAGUUUUUAAUAACUCUGCAAAACCGGGAGGUAUAUUUGGUCAGGGAACACAAGGCACAGGACUUUUUGGAUCGACAAACACUAGUACUUUUGGAACAGGUGGAACAUCAAUUUUUGGCAAUACUCAGCAGCCUGGUGGAAUUGGCCUUUUUGGAGGUACUAAUAACCCACAAUUAACAACAAAUCAAGCUUCGCAAAACAAUCAAUUUCAAAUGCAACUAGAAACUUUAAAAGCAAUGCCUUAUGGCGAUUCACCAUUGUUUAAACGAUUUUAUAAGGAUGUAACAAAGGGUGAUGAGUCUUCUGUUGUCAGAUCACAAAAUGUAUCGCUUGACAAAUUUAGCAGUUAUAAAGUGUCACCAAUACCAACACCUAAAAGCAUACCACAAGUACGCAGGAACUUCCCACAGUUUAAUCGUAAAUCUUUAUUUGAUGGCCUGGAGGAGUCGCCUCCCACACUGAACAGUCAAGAAAAAAUAAGUGAUAGGUCAAUUAUUGUCUCUUCGCCAAGAACAAAUUAUAAAAAACUCAAUUUAAAGAAAGAUAGUGAUAACAGUAGAUUAAAAUCUGGCAACAGCAUAAUUAUGCAUACUAAACCAUUAGCAAAGUUAGAAAACUAUUUCUCUGCUAAACAAGGAACUUCUUCAGAUAAUACACAAAAAGUCGACUUGUCAAUUAAUGAUGAAAAUAAUACUAUAGCUGAAUUACACAGUAAUAAACAAACUAAUAUAAAUACCUCCAAAGGAACUGAGACUAAUGAUGUUUUCCAAAAUAUUGAACUAGGAACAAACAGCCAAGAACCAAGUAUUGAUCCAAAUACUCCUGAAACUGAUCACCGUACUGGAAUUAAAUUGAGACGUAUUGGAUAUUAUACAAUUCCUCCUAUGAAUGAGUUGGCUGAUUUAGUUGAUGAAAACGGAGCAUGUUUUGUUGAUGGUUUUACUAUUGGCCGCUAUGACUAUGGAAAUGUAUUUUUUCCUGAUCGCUUCAACGUUGCCGGACUUGAUUUGGAUUCAAUAGUUCAUAUUAGACAUCGGGAAGUCAUUAUUUAUCAAGAUGAUGAAAACAAGCCUCCUUUAGGUGUAGGCCUCAACAGGAAAGCUACUGUAACACUGGAUCGAGUUUGGCCUAACGAUAAAACUACAAAACAACCAAUAACAUGCCCUGAUCGAAUUUCAGCUACUAAUUUUGUUGCCAAACUUCAAAGAGCUAGUGGAAAAAUGGGCGCUCAUUUUGUUGAUUAUCGUUCAGAUACUGGUUCGUGGGUAUUUAGUGUUGAUCAUUUUUCAAAGUAUGCACUGAUCGAUUCUGAUGAAGAAGAUGAAAAUGAAGAAGUAACCAAUGUCGAUCCUAACAAAAUACAGCCAAAAUCAGUUCCAAUUAAACCUAAGGUUUCAAAACCAAUUGCAGAGAAUGGAAGUCCUAAGCAAACUGCUAAUAAACCAUUGUUAGACCUUACAGCUGGUCUAGAUCGAACUCAGACUACAACUCAAUAUUUGAUGAUGCCAAGCAAUCAAAGUAUGCAUGUUGAUUCAUUAGCAUUGAAUGAAGAUCCCCAUGUUACACGUUUUUAUGAUAACAAUAAGGAAAACAGUAUUAAUGUAACGGCUCAACUUUCUCAAAAUAUGAAUUUACAAGCUCAUAAAAUACAGUGCAUGAAGGCUUCAUUUGAUGAUAUUUUUUAUAAUGAAAUUGAACCAAUGGAUCAAGACGAAGACGGUUAUGGUGCAAAAGAUAAAUUUGAAAAAUUGGAAAAAAUUUUAGAGACUAUUCCAGAUUUUAUAGUCAGUCCAAACAAGAAAGACGGUUCUCGAACUAAGUCUGUAUUGACAUCGACAGAUAAUCAUGCCUCACCAACAUUUUUCAUCACAAAACAAAAAAGAAAAACUAUUCAGUCUUCUCAAGCUUUAAAUCCUGUUUUAAUUGCCCCACUACAAGCCCAGCGGCAUAGCCUAAAAUAUGAUGCAAGCAUACGAAUGCCAUUUGAAUUAAAUUUAAAACAUACUAAAAAAUCUACUAAGUUGGCUUUACUGAAUACUUUAUCGUUUAAAGUACCUUGGUCAAAUAAUUUAACGUUUGUCACUCUCAAUACAAAGUCCAAGAGAGGAUUUUUACCUACAAAAGGAUUAGAUAUUAGUUAUGUAGCUACAGAUUUAUCAGGUCGUAGCAAUGAUGACUACUCUCCUACUGUAAUUCAGAAAGUUAAAAUUGUGACCCCUGCUCAAACAGAAACAUUUGUGGAACUUUUGACAGAGCACUUACAAAUUUGUAUGGAGCAUAGUAAUUUUAAUACUGAUGGUGUUGACAUACCUUUUUUUUAUCCUAAAUCUGGAGUCGAUGGUCUACACUCACAUUGUUGUUUGUUAGCUCAAUUUUCGGAAUUGCCAGAAGAAGACCGCUAUUCCCAUGUUUGGGAAUUGAUCAAAUCAUUAUGGGGUGACCCAGAAAAUCUGUACACUAAAGACUGUCCACAAGAGCAUAUAUACAAUAUGGCAAGGCGUCAAGCCAUAUCUGAUUGGCUGGAAACUCUAUUAGAAAAAAAAAUUAAUUUUAAAAACGCCGGAGACAGUGUAUCUCAGAGAAUUUUAAAAUUAGUUUCAGCACAUAAAAUCAUGGAAGCUUGUGACUUGGCAAUAUCGAAUAAUGAAUGUAAUUUGGCCUUGCUACUGGCCCAAUUGGGCAGUGAAAAUUCUGUCAGAUGUUGUAUUGAACGACAGCUCUGGCAAUGGUAUGAAAGUAAAGCUGACUUGUUAAUUGAUAUUGACCACCUUAAAUUGUAUACUAUAGUGUCAGGACAGCCAUUAUUUGAUUCUAAUCAAGGAAUAAUAAACAUAUGUGAAAAUAUGGAUUGGAUACGAGCCUUUGCAUUACAUUUAUGGUAUAUAAAGCCUCCUUCUGGUACUAUAGGAGAAGCAUUGGACGCCUACCAAAAUGCGUUUGAAGGCGAUGAUGCUUAUGCUUGUAAACCAUUCAGAAACAAUAUUGCAGAGUCAGAAAUAAUCAAUGACCCAUUUGCUACGUAUGAUGUUUGUUAUCACUUGAUGAAACUGUAUACUAAUUCAGCCUAUGAUGUGUACAAAAUUGUGAAUCCUCUCACUCAUACGCGUGAUCCAUUAGAUUACAAUUUUAGUUGGCUGCUAUUUAACACAUUACAAUCACUAGGUUAUACACAAAUGUCAGAACCUUAUGCCAAUCAGCUGCAUAUGAACUUUGCUUCACAACUUUCAUCACAUGGUUUGUGGCAUUGGGCUGUAUUUGUUCUUAUGCAUAUUAAGGACAAUGAACUGAGAGGAAACCUUAUAGAAGAAAUAAUUGGUAGUAAUGUUGAAGAAACAGUUGAACUUAAUGUUAAAGAGGAAUUUGUAGUAGUAAAACUGCAUGUCAAAGAAGCAGUCAUUUAUAAUGCAAAAGCCAUUCUGGCCAAGUCGCAAAAAAGAUACUAUGAAGCAGCAACUUGUUACCUAAAAGCUGAACAAUGGCAAGAAGCUCAUAACAUUCUUGUUGGCCAUUUACUCUCUUAUUAUUUACUCCAAAAAGAUGGUAAAUCUAAGUUAAGACAUUUAUUAAGUUGGUUAAUUGAUGGUUCUAAAGUAGACGGUGUUGUACCAACGACUUUACAAGAUAGUUUGACCAUCCUAGAAUAUCUAAAACUAAGUGAAAAAUUGAAUAAAAUGUCUGCUGACAGACUUAUAUCACAUGUAGUAUCAUUGUGUGAAAGAGUAGCAAGUUUUUCUGAAAACACAGUCAAAGAAAGAAUGAUUAAAACUGAAGUGUCUAGCUCCAUCGCUCAACAAAUUGGACUUGUUAUUUCAAAAUUGGACCCAUCAAAGAGAAAAAUGCUUAAAUCAUUGGUAUUACCAUUAAACAAACUUACUUUGACUGAAGACUACGCCUUAGAUGAACUUGUUCAUACAAUACAUUGUUUUUUAUGAGUACCAUGCGAUUUUUUCUAAACAUAAAUUAAAAACUUUUAAUGCAUUAUUCCAAUUUAAUAAAUUACAAUUUGUGUAUAUUAUAUAAUUAUUUUUUAUUAAAAUAUAAUCAGUAAAAUCUUCUUUUAAUUUCAAGG